AUGGCUUCCGAUCAGAAGGAUGUCCUCGCUGGACUGAAUCUAUCUAAACUGUCCGUUCAAUCACCCGCGGCUCGCCUAAAAGAGCUGGAAAACCUCAUCCUUGAUCACGUUACCUGCAGCGGUACAAAUAAUAACUUCAGCAACAACGGCAGCAAUGGUACCACCACGAACAAUAGCGUCAACAGCCCGCUGUUUGGCAGCAUCCUCAGUGGUGCAGUUGCUGCUGCGGGGUUAUCGGCGGAAAAGUUCCUCUCGGUGGAAUCGAUGGUAGACUGUCUGGUGGUGCUGUACGACGAAUGCUGCAAUUCAUCGCUUCGCCGCGAAAAGACAGUGUCCGACUUUAUCGAGCUGAUGAAGUCGGUCGUGCAGAAUAUCAAACAGUUACGGUUGUCUCGUGACGACUUCGAGGUGCUGAAGGUGAUCGGUCGCGGAGCGUUCGGUGAGGUGUGCGUUGUACGGAUGCAUCACACUAGUCAGAUCUAUGCGAUGAAGAUACUGAACAAAUGGGAAAUGUUGAAGCGCGCCGAAACGGCUUGCUUCCGCGAGGAGCGCGAUGUGCUGGUCUUUGGUGAUCGGCGGUGGAUAACGAAUUUACAUUAUGCUUUUCAGGACGACAUUAACUUGUAUCUCAUUAUGGAUUACUACUGUGGCGGUGAUCUGUUAACGUUGCUGAGCAAGUUCGAGGAUCGGCUUCCCGAGGACAUGGCACGAUUCUAUAUAGCAGAGAUGGUACUGGCAAUACAUAGCAUCCACGAACUGAAGUACGUGCACCGGGACAUAAAGCCUGAUAAUAUAGUGCUGGAUGCGAGUGGGCAUGUUCGGUUAGCCGAUUUUGGCUCUUGUUUACGACUUGGUCCGCAAGGAACGGUACAAUCAAACGUUGCGGUUGGUACACCCGAUUACAUCUCACCAGAGAUCCUGCGUGCGAUGGAAGAUGGGCAGGGAAAGUAUGGUCCAGAGUGUGAUUGGUGGUCGUUGGGUGUCUGCAUGUACGAGAUGCUGUUCGGGGAAACACCAUUCUACGCGGAGAGUCUAGUCGAGACAUAUGGCAAAAUCAUGAAUCACAAAAACUCGUUCGAUUUUCCAAACGACGAUGAAGAGUAUGGUGUGAGUGAACAGGCGAAGGAUUUGAUACGGCGGUUGAUCUGCGCGCCAGAAUAUCGGCUCGGCCAAAACGGUAUCGACGACUUCAAGGCUCACCCGUGGUUCGAAGGUAUCAACUGGGAUACGAUACGAAACGGGCAGGCACCGUACAUCCCGGAGGUUUCUAGUCCAACGGACACGUCAAACUUCGACGUGGAUGAUACGGACAUCAAACUGUCCGAUGCUGUACCACCAACGACAAAUCCUGCCUUCUCCGGUCAUCAUCUGCCAUUCGUGGGCUUUACUUUUACCAAGGACAGCUCCCUGUCGGACGUAGGCCGAUUGUCGCGUGCCAUCACGACGAACAACAUUAGUCAACCGUUGCCACCGCUGAAGCUGGAAAAGCACGGUUCGGAGGAAAAACAGCGGCUCAGUCCAGACAGUACGCGAAAGCUGCAGGAUGAAAUCAAUAUCCUAACCAAGCGCAACUGUGAACUGGAGAGCCAAAUCAAGAGUUUCGAACGGGUGGGAGCACUGUCGGUGGGAACGGCAGCCUCUGGUGACUCCGUAGAUGGUCAGGUAGAUGCGAAGAUUAAGGAGAACGAGAAAAUGAUACGUUUACUGCGGCAGGAAAAAGAUGAUCUACAGAAAGAACAUCAGGAUGCAAUCGAUCGAUUAAAGCAGCAGGACAAGGAACUGAAAGAUGCACUGGAGCAGCGCAAGCUUGCGAUGGCGGAGUAUACCGAAGUAACCGACAAGCUUUCUGAUCUGCGCCAACAAAAGCAGAAAUUGUCUCGGCAGGUACGCGAUAAGGAGGAAGAGCUUGAGGUUACAAUGCAGAAGGUGGAUACACUACGCAGCGAGUUGCGCAAGACGGACAAGUUGCGCCGUGAGCAGGAUGCCCGCGUGCAAGAUCUAAUUUCGGAGCUAAAUCGGGAACGUCAGCAGCGCGAGCGUUCUGAAGAGUGCUACCGCCAGUUACAGAUGGAAGCACGCAGCCGCAGUUCAUCGGAACUAGGAUCGUCUAAUUCGCUUGGUAUCUCUUCAUCCGAUUCCAUUCGGCUAGAAAUCGAUCGUCUGGAGGUGGAGUACAGCGAGAAGAUUAACCAGCAACAGACGCGCUACAACAUCGAAAUAUCGGCCCUAAGAGAUCAGCUGAACGAGGCGGACAACCAUCGAGAGAUGCUUCAGCGGGAGCUACAGCAAGCGCGCGAAAAGCUUGACUCGAGCCGGCUUGAAUCUCUCACCGACUCGGAGGAAACGAUCCUUGAGUUGCGCAAGCGGCAUGAGCGCGAGAAAAAGAUUCUGCUCGACGAUAAUCGUAAACUGAUUACGGACUUGGAGAUGAUCAGUGAAGCAAACCGCCGUCUGACGGCCGAACGGCUGCAAAUGGAAAGCGAAUAUGAGGACCUAAGAAAUAGACGCCAAGCAUUCAGCCAAUGGGAACGUCAGAUAGCGGAGAUCAUUCAGUGGGUAUCGGACGAAAAAGACGCUCGCGGCUAUCUGCAGGCGCUCGCCACGAAAAUGACUGAAGAGCUCGAAUACCUGAAGCACUCCGGGCCGCUCAAUCAUAAUGCGAGCGACAACAAAAAUUGGCGUAAUCGACGCUCGCAAAAGCUCGACAAAAUGGAACUGCUCAACCUGCAGAGUUCGCUGCAGAACGAAAUUCAGGCAAAGGCAGUAAUUUCAGAGGAGCUUACGCGCACCAGAACCGAUCUCGUAGCGGCUCAAAAGGAUUUGCGGGAGACACGCCAGAUUUGUGAAUCAAUUGGUAGCGAGCUGAAGCGCAAAGAAAGCGUGAUAAAGGAUCUUCAGCAGCGUCUUGAAUCUAACGAAGGAUUGCCGCUCCCGGUAAUGCAAUUGUUGGGUCAUGGCGAUGGAUCGACAGCAAGCAGCCGGAGAAGCACCAGUAGUAUACGAGGUUUUGGAAACGGUCUGAACGAACCUCAAAUCGCCGGUGGUCGACCGAGAAGUUCGAGGGAAGUGGAAAUGCGAGACGUGCUGGAGACGGUUCGGAAGCAGCAUUUAUCUUCCGCAGUACCGUCAACAUCUCACAUUACUGCUUCCGAUGAUGACGACCGGAUGGUAGAAUGUUUGCUAAAGGAUCUCCAUCGUGGAGAAGGAAACGGCAAACCAACGGAAGGUAGUAAAGUGAAGAAUGCAACGUUAACCGGCGACACAGCAGAGUUGACCGAGUUCGAGCGGGCCGUUUUGAGCAAAUACAUCCGAGAGCUGCAGGAAACGGGAGGAACUGCUGACAUGGAACACAAGGCACAGGCGAACGAUCAAGUCCUGGAAAGGCCCUCCUCUCAGAUGUCCUAUCUGGAUCACUUCUUGAAAGAGUCUGGCGGCGUUGGAAGUGGUGGUGGUGGCGGAGGUGGUUCCAGCUCAACGACGCACACAAACUCAACGUUGGCCAUCAACAUGCCAACAGCCGGAUCGAGCAGUAGCACAGUACCACCGCACCGCAAAAGCAGUAGCGGUAGCCAGCACGUAAACACAUCCACCAGUUCCUCCUCGAACAAUCUCACUUCCACGAAUGCACCACACCUUACCCAAACCCAUAAUCAAAGCCUCUCUUCACUACACAAACAACAAUUACACCACCAACAGGUGCAGCAGCAAAGUCAGGUGCAAUCGCAGCAGUUGCAAUCGCAGCAUACGUACAGCAAUCAGCAGCAGCUGCUUCAACAGCAACAGCAGGAACAGGCACAGCAGCAGCAGCAGCAACCAACGAUGCAUCAUUCGAACUAUUCAAUGGAAAGCGAGGAUGGUGAUGUGGAAGAUAAUAAUCGCGGCCACUCACUGUCUAGUUCGAAGAGCAAUCUGAGCGAUCACUCACUGAGCAUGCACAGCGUGAUGAUGUCGCACCAGCAGGACUUGCAUCCCCAUCGGCAGCAGAAAGCGAAAGUGCACCAGUUUCUCGUGCGGACCUUUUCCAGUCCAACCAAAUGCAAUCACUGCACAUCGCUAAUGGUGGGCCUAACGCGGCAGGGUGUGGUGUGCGAGCUGUGUGGUUUUGCUUGCCACAUGAUCUGCUGCCCGAAGGUGCCGACCCAGUGUCCGGUACCGUCCGAUCAGACGAAACGCCCCCUCGGGAUCGAUCCGACGCGCGGCAUCGGUACGGCGUACGAGGGCUACGUGAAGGUACCUAAACUGGGCGGUGUCAAGCGUGGUUGGGUGCGCCAGUUUGUCGUUGUGUGCGAUUUUAAGCUGUUCCUCUAUGAUAUCUCCGCCGAUCGCAGCGCGCUGCCAAGUGUGCACGUCACGCAGGUUUUGGAUAUGCGUGAUCCUGAGUUUACGGUGUCUGGGGUGCGCGAAAGCGAUGUCAUUCACGCGACGAAAAAAGACGUACCAUGCAUAUUUAGAAUUACGACAUCCCUGCUAGACGGUGGACCUUCCUUGCAAACGCUAAUGCUAGCGGACACGGAAUCGGAAAAGGCAAAAUGGGUUGUGGCACUAAGCGAACUUCAUCGUAUACUGAAGCGCAACAAUCUACCGAACACGGCCAUGUUCCGCGUGCGUGAGGUGCUCGACAGUACCGUGUCGGCAAUCCGGAACGCGCUGAGCGCCCUGAUUAUCGACCCAGAGCGGAUACUCCUCGGCACGGAAGAUGGGCUGUUCUGUCUCGAUCUGGAUCGCAGCCAAAUAGCACGCAUCGGCGAAAGCAAGAAGGUGUACCAGCUGUGGUACAUCGCCGAAGAGCAGCUGCUGGUGAUCCUGUGCGGUAAGCAGCGACAUCUACGGCUGUUACCGAUUCGUGCCCUCGAAACGGUUGACGUCGAGUGGAUCAAGGUGGCAGAAUCGAAGAAUUGCAUCACGGCCUGCACCGGAAUUAUCGAGCGCGGACCGCAACCCGUGUUUUGCAUCGUCCUAGCGCUGAAGCGCCAAAACACGUCACAGAUUGUGGUAUAUGUCGUGAACCGGGAUCGUAGCCGGCAUCACAAGAUGUGCGAGUUUACGGUUGCGUACCCUGUGCAGAGCUUGCAGGUUUUAUCCGACAUGCGGUUGGCUGUUGGUCACCAGAGUGGUUUCACCGCAUACUGCCUGCAGGGUGCGGCCAAAGCAAUGCCUUUAGUACAUCCGGAAAAUCAGUUGAAUAAUUUCCUCAAUUUUUCUGGCGUUGAUGCGUGGCGAGUGAUUGAAAUACAGUCUGGCCACGGAGGCAAUGUGCACGGUGAAUAUUUACUCGUAUUCCAAACGCUCGCUAUCUAUGUCGACCUGCAGGGGCGUAAAUCACGCGAUCGCGAAAUCAUGUAUCCGGCUGUCCCUAAGCAUAUCACAUACUGUGACGGUCAUCUACUAGUCUACUCGGAAACCCAUCUGGACAUCUUCAACACGCAAACCGCGGAAUGGGUGCAGUCAAUUGGUUUAAAACGUUCCCGUCCACUGAUGAACAAUGGCAGCCUUACGUUGACCUAUCUCAAUGACAGCGUACACGUCGUUUACCUGGCGAACAUGCAUACGAGAGAAUUGCUCAAUCUUUCCCCAUGUGAUCGCGAUGGUCGUCUGAAAUCUAAACGGUUUUCAUUACGCGAACCUAAUCGAACCAUUCGAACGAGCACCGAUCGUCGCUCGAAGCUAAUCUCUGCACCAACUAACUUCAACCAUAUCUCGCACAUGGGUCCCGGAGAUGGAAUUCAAAAGCAACGGUUGCUCGAUCUUCCAACGACGAUCGAGACGGCCGACCAGAGUACACAACAGCAACGGAUUUCAACGAUGCGCCAUGCACCGCCACCUCCUCGUGCGCCUCCUCGUCCAUCCAUGAUCCAUCAACUAAAUGGAUCGAACAAUUCCCUGCCAGGUGCAAAACGUACCGCCCCUGCCAGGCCACGCGAUCAGCCUCCAUCGUUACCACGUUCACCUAGUCCGUUGGGAAGCAUGUCCUCAUUGCAUGACGUUCUAAAGGUUUCGGUUGCCGAUAUGCAAUCGGAAUCAAGGCAAAGUGUGGCGAGCAACAACUCCAGCUCGGUAUCUACGCCGCCUUCCCCAACAAACGAUCGAUUAAGUUCAAGCUACGAUUCAUAA